CGCAUUUAGUAACAGUAGACAUACGCCAUCCCCUUCCGGUUGCUGUAGGAGCCGAAAGAAUAACAAGAAAGCAGCGAAAAUGAAUGUUAUUUUAGCUGUUAAACAGUAUAUAAGUAAAAUGAUUGAAGGAUGUGGAGGAGGAAUGAAAGUUCUGUUAAUGGACAAAGAAACAACAAGUAUUGUCAGCAUGGUGUAUGCCCAGUCAGAAAUUCUACAGAAGGAGGUUUACCUUUUUGAGCGAAUUGAUUCACCUGGGCGAGAGACCAUGAAACACCUGAACUGCAUUGCUUUCCUCCGUCCCACCAAGGAGAAUGUGGAGCUCCUGGCUCAGGAACUGCGAAUACCCAAAUAUGGGUUGUAUUUUAUUUACUUUAGCAAUGUCAUCAGCAAGCAGGAUGUCAAAAUAUUGGCAGAAGCUGACGACCAGGAGGUGGUUCGAGAAGUGCAGGAAUUUUAUGGUGACUACGUAGCUGUGAACCCACAUGUGUUUUCUCUGAACAUUGUUGGAUGUAGCCAGAAUCUGGCCUGGAUUCCAACACAUCUUUCACGCACAGUACAGGGUCUGACCUCUGUGCUUCUCUCAUUGAAAAAGUGCCCUAUGAUCCGGUACCAAAAUUCUUCUGAAAUGGCUCGAAAGCUAGCAGAAAGUGUUCGGCAAGUUAUCAACAAAGAAGCUGCACUGUUUGAGUUUCGUAAGACUGAUGUGGCACCUGUGCUUUUGAUCCUGGACAGGCGAGAUGAUUGUGUAACACCACUGCUGAAUCAGUGGACAUAUCAAGCCAUGGUGCAUGAACUGCUGGGUAUAAACAACAACCGGAUUAACCUGGUCAAUGUUCCUGGCAUCUCGAAAGAUCUUCAGGAAGUUGUACUGUCAGCAGAGCAUGAUGAAUUCUAUGCCAAUAACAUGUACAUGAACUUUGGGGAGAUUGGAUCAAACAUUAAGGAACUGAUGGAAGAAUUUCAGAAGAAAUCCAAGAGCCAGGCCAAAGUUGAAUCCAUAGCAGACAUGAAGGCCUUUGUAGAGAACUACCCUCAGUUCAAGAAGAUGUCAGGAGCUGUGGCAAAACAUGUCACUGUAGUUGGAGAACUGUCGCGCUUAGUUGGUGCUCACAAUCUGCUGGAAGUAUCCGAAACUGAGCAGGAGAUUGCCUGCCAGGGAGAUCACUCUGCUUUAUUACAGAGGAUACGUGGUCUUCUUUCAAGUGAAAAAGUUCGUCAGGUGGAUAUAUUGCGCCUGGUAAUGUUGUAUGCACUGCGCUAUGAGAACCACAGCAACAAUGAUGUUUCAGGACUGCUAGAAGCUCUCAAGCGGCGAGGGCUGGCUGAGGAACAUAGAGGAAUGGUACAAGCAAUGUUGGACUAUGGUGGCCGCAAAGCCCGUGGUAGUGACUUGUUUGGAAACCAAGACCCAGUUGCAAUUACAAAGCGUCUUCUUAAGGGACUAAAGGGUGUAGAAAAUGUGUAUACCCAACAUAAGCCAUUGCUACAGUGUAUACUCGAUCAGCUCAUAAAGGGUAAACUGAAGGAGGCAUCUUAUCCAUACCUAGGCACCAGUCAGCUGAAGGACAGACCUCAGGAUGUCAUUGUCUUCAUCAUUGGAGGCUGUACAUAUGAAGAAGCCCUGGCUGUGUACCAGGUGAAUCGGACUACACCAGGUGUGCGUGUGGUGCUUGGUGGAACCACAGUUCACAACUCUAAAACGUUCCUGCAGGAAGUUGCUCAAGCCACACGAGGAGUGAUAUCUGGUCAGACCGGACGACGUGACGGCCGUUGAGUUUCUGCAGCCUCACAGCAGUUUUUAUCUCCAUGUACAGACUUGUUUUCCAUAUGCAAGUACUAGUUCACUUUCCAGGGCAGUGGUGCAUAAAUUUGUGAUAAUUUUUUUUUUAAUGUAUAUCAUUUGUAACGAUCUGUGCAUGUUGGAUUUUUUUUAUUUUUUUGUUUUUUUUUUGAGAAAAACUUUAGCAGCAAGAAUUUUGGAAUAGGAAUCCAGCAGGAUGUGAAAUAAGGAGCAAGGCAGAAGGAAGUAGUGUAUGUAUGGCUGUGUCCAAAGGCGUAGGUAUGAUGUAUAAAAACUGGGAAGCAAGUGUCCAGAAAGGUUUGGAUGUGUGUGUGCUUGUGUGUGUGAUUGAUGAUUGAUAAGCGAGGAAACUGGCAAGUAUUUAGGAAGCUUUUUUGUGUAUCUGCUUAUAUGCCUUGGCUUCAGAAUUCAGGGGAGCAGAUUUUUUUCAUUUUAAAAGAAAAUAAUGGCAUAGAUGUGUGACUUUGAGAACAUAGAUAUGCAUAACUGUGUGUUCUCAUGUGUAUUGUAAUUUGGAGUACUGUAAAAUGCACAGUAUGCUUAAAAUGGCUAGCCUGUGGAAAUCUGAGAUUUGUCUUUAAGUUUGUAUUGAAUUGUGCAAAGAAUUCCAUAAGGCUUUUAUUUAUUAAUUUUUUUUGGAUAGGGAUGUGGGAACCCCAUGUUCUACUGGUUUUAAUUUUAAGUUAAAGAAUAUGGGUUUUUAGAUGUUUAGCAGUCAUGGACUGAAUGUUCUUGACACAAAAUCUUAAAGAUUGUGCUCUAAUGUAAAAAGGCUUUAGUGACUAACCUAGAACUUCCCAGCCAACUUUUAAGCACCAAGCAUUUCUGCCUCUAUCCCCAAAUUCCUAUGCUUUUCCUGUAACUCCUCAGAACAGGGCUGUGAAGACACCCACUCUCAUACUUUCACAUCUUUUGGUGAGGCGUAAUUUUUUUUUUUUUUUUUUGUUCCCCCUUGAGUACAUAGGUCUUUAAAGCUUCUGCUUCAUGAGACCAUUAUUUUUAUGCUUGUCAUUAGUUUGUAUUGUCAUUUCAUAACCUGAACAUUUCAUCAAUUCUUUUAGAACAAGUAUGCCUGCCGAAGAAAGUCAGGGGAUGUGCAUGCAUAUAGUUUAGAUUUCAGCUUCCUUUCUAGUGGCAAACUUCCCUCUCUACUCCUGCACAUAAUAUUUAUUUAUACAGUAGUUGAUUGUCUUCUAUUGAUAUUGUGCAUGUGUGUGAAUGAUAAGGGGGAACAGAAGGUGGGGGGAGAAUGUGAAGGAUGGUAAAAGAUUAACACACUUGCGUGGAUGGUAUAUAUGUUUACAUAAGCCUAACAAUGUAAGGAUCACUUGUGCUUUCUGGUAACUGAUGAGCUGUUACCUAUAAAGUAACAAAAAUACAUGUAUUGCUCAUUUGAAUGCCAAGGACACAAUCCAAAUUGAUGCUUUUGUUCUUGGAAAAGAUUUGCAUUUUUUGCAUAAAACUUAACUUUAGGGCUGUGAGAUAUUUUUAUCCCUCUUUUGUGUAUUUUUACAUUUAUCAUGUGUAUUGUUUAAUAGUUUAUGGCUUUUGUGAUGUCCUUGGAUGAAAGUUUGAUUACACAAAAAUGUCCUUACUAAACUAAUUGGUUGUGGCAAUGAACAAAUUUGGUAAGGCAAAGAACAAAUGUGAUAAGCUACGACUGUUAACUUGGACACGAAUGUACAGAAGCUUGAUGUAAUUGACUAGGAAACUGAUAAUAAUUGGCGUCUUUGACUGGCAGACCCAUUUUAAAUGACAUAUAUAGUAUACAACAAAAUGAAUCACUAGAAGCAAGGUUCUCUGAAUUGGUGUUCGCUAAUGUAGUAUUAAUACCUUGGCCAUUGCUCUCAUGGGAUUCAUUUGUACACAUGCACAUCAUUUACACAAUUCACAAGCAGAAGAUUACUUAGGCAAAAGUAACAUUUCACAAUUGUAGUAUCUUGAUUUAUUUACCUUCAACAAUACAUCAUUAGAAAACAGAAUAAACCAUGCUUUUGCCAUGUUGGGGACUGUGGGAGGGAAUCCAGAACAUAACGAGAGAUAACUAAAAUCGUCAGUGACCAAGUCCUGACAUUGUAGACAAUCACUAUAUCUAGUUCUUUUGUAUUUGUUCCUAUCUUUGUGUGUUAACAUUCCAAAGAAAAAACAACUUAAUAAAAAUAGAACAUUCUUGAGACCACAAAAUACAUGCGUUCAAAAGUAAACGUGUGUGUUUGUGUGUGUGUGCACCAGCACACUUUUGUAAGGAAACAAUGAUGGGAGAAGGGUUGCAUGUAUGUGAACAAGCUGAAGAAGCACUUUGUAUGAAACAGAUAUUGGUAUGUAUACAAAAAGGAAAGGUAAAACCCUAUAAACACACAUGUAAACAUGGUGAAGUGCAAUCAUUAUUAAACAUCUUUCCACCGA